AUGAAGGUGAACCUCUUAUCAUCAAACAAGUUCUGGACGCGCGGCGACGGCCCAAACAUCACGUUUACAAGUGCCAGACACAAAUCACGGGUCAUGGAAGCACUAUUUCGCUACAGGCCAGCAUCCGCGUCCAAGUCGCCGAAGAACGUCUCCGGGUCAUUGCAGGAAUCAAGAAGUGCGUUUGAUGCUGCCCAAUCACCGGCAUGCAUACCAUCAGUGGAGUUACCAUGCUUGCUGACGCCGGACGCUGGUGCUAUACCCAUACAAGAAACAGAGUCUGAUCUGAUGCAGCAAGAAUGGCCCGUUCCACCAGGUCACCAGAAUGGAUCAUCAUCGUUAUUGUCAUCAUCACCUCAGAGCAGGCCUGGAAUGGAAACCCGCCCACGAAUCACUGUAUCAAGUGAGUCAGGUGAUGAGGACGAAGCGAUAGCAUCCCCAUCACUGAUAUUUACUGCUACAUUAUUCCCCUCCGUACCUACCCACGGACCGCCGCCUAGAACAAGUUCAAAUGAAAUCGUCGACAGCCACGGCAGGAUACAGCGCUUUCUAGGAACCAAGGAAGCGAACGACCUCAACAUUGGUAACAGCCUACCCGAUUCUUCAAAGGAGGUCAGAAGGAGUUCGUCACCAGGGGCUGCUCUAGUAAGCCAUUCCGAACAGCAGGGAAGGCAGAAGCCGGAUCUAUCGAUAAAGAUACCCGUUGACGCAGAACCGCCGGAGCAAGAAAUGGCCUUGACCCCCAUAGAGAUGGAUCUCGGUGUGUUAGAGGUUAUAGCCAACCUUCCCAUGACAGCGCGAUCAUCAGGGACGCAGGCGCCUGUCGAGCUGGCUUGCACGCCGGAAUCGCCAGGCGGCAUAGAUACAAAAUCUGGGGUUGCGGUACAGUUGCCUGGUGCAUCGGUCGUGCCAGUCGUCGCACCGGAGCAGAGUGCCUGGCAACGCGCUCCAUACGUGCCAGGCGCGAUACGCCUGGAGCCAAAGAUGAAGGUGGACCGCUCGCCGCUGGCUAUCAUUCAGGAAACGGUGCAAGCCGAGCUGGGUCUUGACAAGGAGAGGCUGGCAGCGGAAGAGGCAAUCAUGGACGAACUGGUGAGCUUCAUUGAAUCAUAUGGGGACGGUUUCCAAUUGGGAAAUGCUGAAAUCAGCACAUACUGGAUUGACUCAAGCUCACUGCUACCAUCGCGGCUCAGAAAAGGCUGCGUGUCACCGCCGUUGAGUCUUGCACCGACCCUGGUGCAAUCACCAUCACCCACAAGCCCACAACAUCUUGCGGUUGACCACGACGUGGAGUACCGCUGCUGGGCUCCGGACUACCCGGAGUUUACACGCAACAUGCCCAGAAAGAGCGCAAAGCAUACCUCCUUCGCAUCCCUCCGGCACUCUGGCUCGUCCCGAACCUUUGCGAACGCACCGAGCGCGGGGGCAGACGGCUCUAUGACUCUGGGUGAGAACCAGUACGGCUGUUGUGGCACCACAACCUCGCCAAGAGCAUGGCCCGCAGCCCCUCAAUUGGAGCCACCAAAGACGUCAACAUCUGCGACGGCGCCACGAAAAGUCCGACAGGUCCGAGGCAAAGGCCUCGCGUCAAAUGGACAGAAGAUGACCAUCAGAGGUAUGCUCCGCAACGCAGCUUCGGUUGUAUAA